GAAGCCGUUUUUCAAAYACACAAAUAGMUAUAUURACAGUCCUCCUACGUCUACUGUAAAAGAGGAGCCAUUGGAGCAACUACUUCCAGUUUCACGAAUGGCUGUUGCCUUGAUUACGUUCAGUUCUGUGUUGCUGUUUGGAUGUAUCCAAUGUCAACUACAAACUGUUGACAAUGUGGCUACUCUACAAAAAGCGAAAUAUUCGUGGGGUCCUUGGGGGCCGUGGGGUCCAUGUUCAAAAACAUGUGGUUAUGCCUACCGUGUUCGAACAAGAUCUUGUUAUCCUCAAGUUCCACUUGCUCUGCCACUAAAAAGUCCAUUGGGCCAUUGCUAUGGAGUAAGCGUGCAAAAGCGGAGAUGUCGCUCAAGGAGGUGUUAUGCAUGUAUCAGGGGAAGUGCGGUGUAUAAUAGGUGUGGAGACCGGUGCGUUUGCUCUUCCUCUGGAAGACUAACAAAGUGUACACGCGUGAGGAAAGAGUUUAGCACGAUGACCUACCGAGAACGAAAGAGAUAUAUUGAGAUUGUCAAGUAUGCUUCUACUCAUCCAAGUAUAAAACCUCAGUACGACUCCCUUAUAACCAUUCACAAAGAUUAUUUCAUUCACGGAAUCCACGAGACRGAGCAAUUCCUUCCAUGGCAUCGUUGGUUUCUCCUGGAAUACGAAGAUUUGCUUCGCAAAGUCGACUGUCGGUUUACCGUUGCAUACUGGGACUAUGUUGCAUACGYUGGCAACCUAUUUGGAAUCUCUUUUAGAGAUCUAUGGUAUUCUGGAAGCAGUGGCUUUGGUGGUAACGGUGUACYGYCAGACCGAUGCGUUAAAACAGGKCCUUUCAGAAAAUCMGUGUGGCAACUCGUUCCUUCUGUUGAUCCACCAAGAUGUCUGAAAAGAGACUUCUAUGUCUUUGAUAAAGCCCCAGGAGAAGUUGAGCUGGCCAUGCUCUUAGGUCUUUCACAUACAGAAUUCUUUACAUUCGAGGCUUCGUUGAGUGGCCUUUUCCAUGACAAUGUCCACUGYAUGAUUGGCGGAACCAUGUGCUCAAUAGAUGCUGCUUCGGCUCCGGAAUUUUUCCUUCUUCAUGCAGCGGUUGACAAGAUUUGGGAAGACUGGCAAGAUAAUAGCCACGAUCAUCGAACAGUAUAUUUCACCAACAUAACCACACCAAUGGCUGUAGCUGGAAAGCUUGCAAAAUACUACCUUUACAAUAGCAAUCUACCUGGAGGAAAGCGUGUUGAAUACCGAGCAAUCAAUGACACACAAGUGAACAAUAUCUAUAAACAUCUACGAGGCUACAGUAGGAAGAGACUGCAAGCUAUUCCGCGGCCUGGCAUUACCCCAAUGAUUUCAAGAGCAAUUAAACUGUUCAGAUUAAAGAAAAAGAAACUUUCGCUMAUCAAGAAGAUGGAACURAUGAUGAAGCCUCUAGUUAGAAGCGGUUUGCCGCCCAAUGCAUCUCCAUUAGAUAGAAACCUUGGCUUUGAUCACAAAGCUGCUGAAUCCACUUAAACUAAUCAAAAGUGUAUGAAAACAUACACAAGACUACUACUAAUAAUAAGUUAAAACCACAUGUGGGUAAAAUAUUGUUAUUAAAUAAAGGUUUAAUUAGUACUUAAUUACGGUAUUUU